AUGAACGAGUUACUACUGAACUCGGAAAGCUAUCUCUAUCUCCACCCAAGUGAGAACCCAGCUGUUGCACUAGUUUCUCCAGCUUUAGAUUCCAGCAAUUACCAUUCAUGGAGUAGGUCCAUGAUAACGACAUUGAGCGCCAAGAACAAAGUAGAAUUCGUAAAUGGAAAAGCACCCGAGCCACUGAAGACCGAUAGAACAUACGGGGCGUGGAGUCGCUGCAACAACAUGGUGGUAUCCUGGUUAGUUCAUUCAGUGUCCAUCUCCAUUAGACAAAGUGUCUUAUGGAUGGACAAAGCGGAAGAAAUUUGGAAUGACUUGAAGUCUCGAUACGCACAAGGGGAUCUUCUAAGAGUUUCUGAACUCCAACAAGAAGCUUCAUCCAUCAAGCAAGGAUCUCUUUCGGUUACGGAGUAUUUUACAAAGCUACGAGUCAUAUGGGACAAGAUCGAAAACUUCAGACCCAAUCCCAUAUGUUCAUGCACUGUCAAGUGUACUUGCUUAGUGCUCACCACCAUAGCUCAACGAAAACGAGAAGAUCGAGCCAUGCAGUUCCUGCGAGGGUUGAACGAACAGUAUAGCAAUAUACGAUCUCAUGUAUUACUCAUGGACCUAAUACCUACAAUACCGAAAAUCUUCUCGUACGUGGCACAGCAGGAAAGACAACUUACAGGUAACAACUCUUUAUCAAGCUUUAAUCUUGAAACUAAAGAAGGACCUUCCAUUAAUGCUGUCAAAAGUGUUUGUGAAUUCUGUGGAUGCAUUGGCCAUAAUGAAAGUGUUUGUUAUAAGAAGCACGGAGUACCUCCGAAUUACGAUGGGAAAGGGAAAGGAUACAACACAAGAAAGACAUGUACUUACUGCGAGAAACUUGGACACACAAUAGAUGUUUGCUACAAGAAACACGGGUAUCCCCCAGGAUUCAAAUUCAACAAUGGCAAAACAAUAGCUAACAAUGUAGUGGCAGUAGAAGAAAAAGCCACAGAUGACCAGAUACUACCCCAAGAAUCCCAAGAACUGGUUCGUUUCUCACCUGAGCAAUACAAGGCACUGCUAGCUUUAAUACAACAGCCAUCGGCCGAAAACUCAGCAUCCAUCAAGCCACAGGUCGCUUCUAUUUCAUCUUGUUCCAAUAACGAUGCAACAGGUAUAAUUCUGUCUUGCGAAAAAGCCAAUUCUACCUCCUGGAUCUUAGAUUCAGGAGCCACUGAUCAUGUUUCCUCCUCCCUAACAAACUUUCACUCAUAUCAUCAAAUUAAUCCCAUCACAGUUAAAUUACCAAAUGGUCACCUUGUCUAUGCUACCCACUUAGGCACAGUGCAACUUUCUACAUUCAUUACACUAAUUGAUGUCUUAUACGUACCUUCUUUUACUUUCAACUUAAUAUCUAUAUCAAAGCUUGUGUUCUCUACUAACUGCAAAUUAAUAUAUUCAUCAAAUAUUUGUAUUUUACAGGAUACCAAUACCAAGGUGAGGAUUGGUACAACUAACGUGAGUCGCGAUCUCUAUCAAUUCACCCCCGAAGCAUCAAAAUCACACACCAUAUGUUCCACUAUUACACACCCAAAAUGUAAAGUCCUUCCUAUAAAUCUGUGGCACUUUCGUAUGGAUCAUCCUUCCCUCGAAAGAUUACAAGCCAUGCAGUCCUAUUAUCGAUUUUUGAACAACAACAAAAACUUCAUAUGCAAUACAUGCCAUUAUGCAAAGCAUAAGAGAUUACCUUUCUCUUCUAGCAUCUCUCAUGCAUCAAAUAAAUUUGAGCUUUUACAUAUCGAUAUUUGGGGGCCGUGCUCCAAAACAUCCAUGCAUGGGCACUGA